GACCUGUUGGAAACACCUUCUAGAAACAUAAGAGUUUUCAGUCUCCUAACAAAUUCUGUUCUGUCCAAGAAGAGCCUGUCCAAAUGAGCAAGACAUCCCAACAGAACACCGCUACAGAUGCGAACGGCGUAAGCGUGAUUCACACCCAAGCACACACCAGUGGUUUGCAGCAGGUUCCCCAGCUGGUGCCCAUUAGUCCUGGUGGCGGAGGCAAAGCUGUGCCUCCAAGCAAACAGGGAAAGAAGAAUUCCUUUGUGGAUAGAAACAGUGAUGAGUAUCGUCAGCGCAGAGAGCGAAACAACAUGGCAGUGAAAAAGAGCCGGUUAAAAAGCAAGCAGAAAGCACAGGACACCCUGCAAAGGGUCAACCAGCUCAAAGAAGAAAAUGAACGUUUAGAGGCAAAAAUUAAGCUCCUGACCAAGGAGCUGAGCGUACUGAAAGACUUGUUCCUCGAGCACGCGCACAAUCUUGCAGACAAUGUGCAACCUGUUGGCACUGAAACCACCACAACAAAUCCAGAAAACAAUGGACAGUAG